CAGCCGACGCGGCGGGGGUGCGUGCGGCAGAUGGAGACUGAAGGGGGCCGCGGCGGCCGCCGUCCGGAGAGGCAGUUGGGGAUGGAGGCCACGAGUCUCGCGAGAGGAAGUGGCGAAGGGGCCCCAGCUGCGGCGGCGGCGAGGAGGUUUGGGCUGCGGUGAGGAGGGCGCGCCGGAGGUCUGAGGCAAUUGGCCGGCGGCAGAAAUUGUUGAAUUCAUCAUUGGGGAACAAAAUAAACAAUGGAUGGUCCUAUCAGGGUCCAAAGCUGUCAGAGGAAGGCUAGAGUACCAGUGAAAAAGGGUUUUAGUGAACAUGCACUGUCUCCCAUGAGGGCUUUGCUGCAAAGUCAGAAAAAAUUAUGCAUAGUUUCAGCAGAAGAGCUGAAGGAAGAGCAAGACAAUUUCAAUGAGGUCACAUUUCUGUGUAUUGCUGAUCAAACAUCUGUUGCUCCUAAGGAAGUGGUGGCCAUGCCAGUUGAACUCACAGAUCUUUUAAGGUCACUCCACUUGUGCAGUUUACAUGAAAAUGAAGUUAUAUUUCUAAAGAACAUUAAUAAACGAUUGGAUACUAAUGAUGUUCCUAAACAAAAGAAAUACUCUUCGAGAAUACUGUGUGUGAUGAGAUUGUCCCCUUCAUUUCCAAAGCUCAAAGUUGAUUCUAUAUUUACAUUGCUAAACAAAUAUGCUGCGGGCAUAAGAUGUACUGUGGAAAUGUAUUCAUUGCAGAGGAAUCGGUCUAGCUUAACCCGAACAGAGGAUGAUGAUACCAAUCAGUCUGUGUCAUCAAUUGAGGAUGAUUUUGUUACUGCUUUGGAGCAUUUAGAUGAAGAUGAGGCAACAAAGAUGGCAAAAUCUGGCUGUGUGACACCUGAGAAACAUCAAGAUGCUAUUUCCCAAACCAUAUUGGAUCCUCAUUUAGAAUCUGCUGAUCAAAAGAUAAUUGUUAAUCCUCUGUAUCGGAAGCCAUCUGCAAAAUCGUCAUCUUCCUUAUUUAACAUCUUGGAACAUAAAGAAAUAUCUACUUCUGUUAGGAAUUCAGUUACGACUUCAAUUUCUGAUCCUUGGAUACAGAAAAGUUUCUUCAGAUCACAUAAUUCAGAGCACAGUAUUAAUCUUCUACAUAAAUCAUUAUUUUCUUCCUCUCCUGCUGAAUCAUCAGAGUCAGAUUGUUCUAGUCCAAGCCCUGUUAUUUUCUUAGAUGAAGAAGGCUAUCAAAAAAGCUUGAAGGCAAAACUUCAGCUCCCCAAAUUACCAGUAAUGAAAGAUGGUAUAGAAGAUUCAGAUUCCGAAGUAAGUGAAUUUUUUGAUAGUUUUGAUCAAUUUGAUGAACACGAACAAAUUCUGGAAAACGGUUGUAAAAUUGCUCAGGAUCCUGUCCUAGGUAAUCCAUCCCAAAAGAAAACAUUUUUGUGUAAAAAGCCACGUUCUGCAACAACUGCAAUGAAUCCUCAAAAAUUCAAGUCUGACCGUCCUACGCUACUAGCCAAUGUAAGAAAACCAACGCCUCGCAAACCAGAAUCACCAUACAGCAACCUCUCGGAUGUUCCUGAUUCUCCCCGUCCCGUGAAAACACCAGGAGAGGAGAGCGGGUGCUUGUUCAGUCCCAUCAGAUCAUCAGCUUUCAGUCCUCUGGGCAGUUGCAUUUCAACAGAGUGCCUUUGUCAAACUGGCUUCAGCAGGGAUGCCAUGAACCAAAAUCAUAAUUUAGUUUAUCGCACAUACUCAGAUUUUGCAAAUAACAUUUCCUUUGAAAUUCUAGGUUCGGUUUUUAAUUCUAGGUCCCCAUCGUGGCAUAGAUGCAUGCAAGAAGUUUCUAACAGUAAUACUCUUGUCUCAGAAGAAGAUAAAGCUCAGACUGCAAAAGCCAAAGGGUACCUUUGUGGAAAAGGACAAAAUAAGAAAGGUAAAUCUAAAUGCAAGCCACUAGUAAUUAAAGACCACAUACAGAAAUUUGCAUCAGACCUGGUUGAAAGGAGCUUUGGCAAUGCUUUUAAAGAUCUCCAGAAAGGUGUGUCUUCUUGUACGAAUGCUCUCUGUCACUUGGCUGCUAAAUUGACGUCUUCAGUGUUUCAGAUGGCCUUUUAUGAAAUUGGGAGGCGGCAAGCCUUUGCACUGAAGAAGAAAGCUAUUAAUGGGCUAGCAGGCCUUUUAGUGAGUGAAGCAGUGACAGGGGCUUUAAAAGAACUACAGUCUGUAAAGCGACAAAUAUUUACCAACACUGUUGCAAAAUUUGCAGCAGACCUUGCAGAGGAACUGAUUUUUGAAGGGAUCAUGGAAGUGUGUCAGUUUUCUUACCCAUCAACUCCUACAACUUCUCAGAACCAGACCUUUCACUAUAAUGAUCAAGUUGUACAGUCAUAUGCCAAAGACCUGUCUGAGUCAGUUAUUCAGGAAGCUUUUAUUGAGUUAUCGCAGGUUGAUAUAACAUUUACAACACAAGCAGCAAUUAGUAUUUCAAUGGACAAUGUUAAGUAUAUAAAUGCAGAAGACAUUUUGGAGUCAACACAAAUCUCCAAUGCUUCCUUGGAGAUUCACGAUAAAUUACCAGUAACUUUGAAUCCAGUACAGGAAUUUGGAAAGGAUUAUACCGUCCACAAAGCCUUGUUCUACACCUCUGGCUUUGCAAGUUCAAUCCCAGUGCCUUUAGCUGGAAGCAUACUUUGCCGAAAUCAGAUUUUGUCAUCUGAUGCAAAGGUGGGGAACUAUUCACCCUUAAAUGGCCAAAUGAAAAUGCACAAAGACUCUCCAGAACUGUGUUGUAGAGUCAAAAAGAAAGGUGAAGUGACAUCAGUUAGAAAUACCUAUGUAAUAACAGAUAACACUACAGGUAGAGAAAGUAACAGUCACAUUUUACAUAAACAAAGUGACUCUAAACAAGCAAAUAAUCCUAAAAUCAAUAACUUUUCAGAUGUAACUGGUAUGCCAAGCAUUAGUAAUUUUUCUGGGAAAAUGGUAGACAUGAUAGUAACUGAGGCAUAUGAAACAGUGACUUCUUCCAAGGUUUCUAAUUCUGCCCAUCAAUAUACAGAUAUGUUAAAAAUGGAGAAAAUGCCAUAUUUGCAAUGCAUUGGUGAAGAUACCUGUAAGAAUAUGUUUGCUAAUUAUUUAUCCAAGCGAAUUGUAAAACAGUCUGUAGAUGAAACCAAGUCUACAUGUUCUGCAACAGGUGAGAAAUUAGCAUACUGUGUGGGGUUGGGAACUAAUACAAAAAACAACAGGAAAGAGUUACCCACUCCAGCAAAGCCAUCUGAAAAGAACAAAGGUGUUCCAGUCAUUGUAGGACAACAGCAAAUGCCCCUAAAUAGCUCAUCUACAUUUUAUGGAACUCCAGUGUAUUCUAAUAGGUGUUUACUUUCUGGAUCAAAAGACUGUGUACAGGAAAAAAAGAGACAUGAAGCUCGUAGGGCUUCUGCAAGCAAUCCUCUUCUUUCUUCUGCGGUGGCUUUUGUAAAGCCUACUGAAGAGUUUCCAGACCCAGAAGGUUCAGCAAAAUCUUUAAGUUUCCCACAGGAAAAAUACAGCUUGUGCAAAGCAACAGCAUGCUCUACAGUUGGUUCUGAGAGAGUUUUUCUCAGCACAAACACCAGUAGUUCUGUGACAACGAACUGUGAAGAUGGGCUUCAAAUGGAAGAUAAGCUGAGCAUCAGAGAUGGAAAUCUUUGUGCAGUACCAGACACUCCACCACCAACCCCUCUAAUACCCUCACAAGCUAGUUCUGAGUGCAAUAUGAGAAAAUUAACUAAGAAACUUAAAGGUGAAUUAGCAAAAGAAUUUGCACCUGCAACACCGCCUUCUACACCUUACAGAUCAGAAACAGAUGGAAUAUAUGAAAACGACUGUCAUAAGCUAGAAAAAGAAGAAUUUAUGUUGAAACUGAUGCGGUCUCUCUCUGAGGAAGUUGAAAGCAGUGAAGAUGAAGAACUCUCUGAAACACUGACAGAGAAAUUUAAAACAUCGAUAAGAACAACAGAAUAUGCUGAUUGUCUAGCUUCUCAAAUAAUCUCUAUGGCAACUGAAAUGGCUGCUUCACAUAUAGAUGAUAAAGCUUUUCAGGUGAAAAAUAAUAAAUGCCAUCAAGUAAGCAUGGAAUACAAAGGUUGUGGGUAUACUGCAUUUAUGAAUAUUCCAGAAAAAAACUUACAUUCAACCAGGGUUUAUGCUGGUGACAUGGCUGGAAAGGUUAUUAGUGAAGCGAAGAAAAUGGUAAAAUCUAGACAUCGCAAGCUUUUGAGGUUGAAGCAAUCUAAUCAUAAGGCUGAUAGCUCCCAUCUUAAAAGAAACUGUCAUGACUGUUGGUCAAAAGACACAAGGUUUUCCACAGGGGAUCAAUGUGUGAAGGAAAGUGAUUCCUUUGUUUUGUCUUUACCAGAGAAUUCAGAUGCUCCAGGCCUUACUUCUAAAUACCCAAGUUGUGAAAGUGUAACUGAUGAAUAUGCAGAUCAUAUUAUUCGUAUUUUGAAAAGAGAAGGUGGUAACAAUGAACUAAUAAUGGACCAGUUUGCCAGUAGAAUUGUGUAUCGAGCUAUAAAAUCUGGUAUGCAUCAAGCGGCCAGGAAACUCCAAAUGAAGUAUAAUAGAAAGAUAUCUUCUGCCCCAAGCACUGAAUUAAACAAUAAGCUUGAACUGUUUGAGGUAGUAAACAAAGGUGUGGAUAUAAAGAAACAUAAAAAAAGUAAUAAUCAUCCACCUGGAAAGCAAAUGUGUGGAAACAAAUGCCAUACCUGUAGAACUGAAAGCAAAAAGUUAAUAGAUUUCUCUGAAUCCCUUGCAUAUAAUAUAACAACUGAUGUCAGAAAAAAAUUAAUGUCAGCAGCUUGCUUACCAAAAUCCUUAACUGAUUCUUGUUUAUAUGAAAAGUCCAAAGUUGAUGAAGUUACUGAUAUAAAAACAGCAUUUUCUAAAACAUCAUCUCCCUUUUGUUACAAAGAAAAGCUGCAUCAUAGCACAGGCUGUUUGAAUGAACAUUCCUACAGAGAUGGUGUUAUUAAUGCCAUAGAACAAUAUGCAAGAAAAGUAGUAAAUGAUGCUUUAACCUUAGAAUCCGCUACUCUGCAAACUUCUGAAAACUGGACAAAUGGAGAAAGAUCAACACAUGCCGAAAAGAUUUCUCCAUUUUCUGCAACAGCUUGUAGAUAUUGUAGUAUGAAAGAACAUCAGUACUCAACUGGAAACGCAUAUUUGGAUCUUACUGGACAAGAGUACUCGAAAAUUCAACAGAUUUCAAAUGCAAGUGAUAUUUGCCCAAAAUCUCGUGUUCUUCACUUGGAUAUUCCCAGAAUCCAUAUUGACAUGGAUGAGAGGGUUAUGUUUGCAGAUAGUGUGGUGGCUACAGCUUUUGACACAGCAGGAAGACAACUAAGUAACACAAGUUUGACAGCUGAUAGUGGAAUUGGACAUGACGGAAUGAGCUUUGCUGAAAGCCUUACUACAGAAAUCAUGACUUCCUGUAUGACAAACAUUGCUCCAGCUCUUAACAUAAGCUCCAUGGGAAAAGAGGGGUUUUAUUCUGCUGACUCCACAGCCAGCCAGCAGAUGAGUCUGAGCACCGGUGAUGACAGCACUGGUAGCUGGUCCAAUAUAAGUUUCGAAGAUGACCAUCCAGAUGAAAAUAGUAGCUUUCUACACCUUAGUGACAGUAAUGGUAACAGCAGUAGCUGGAGCAGUCUUGGUUUAGAAGGAGAUAUAUAUGAGGAGAAUUUAUCCUUUCCAACAUCAGACAGUGAUGGAACAGAAGACAAAGAAGAAGAGCUUAAGGAUAACAUUGAAGAGUUAGGAAGCACAGAAAAUGCACUGGUAAUCGUAAACGUUGACGUAGGCCCACACGUAGUGGAUUCCCAGCUGAGAAUGACACUGCAGUGGCUGAGUGCUUCAGAAACAGAGGUCACUGAGCUUCAUUUCCAGGAUGACGUUCCAGAGGACUUUAUUCUCCUUUCAAAGAAAUUGCGAGAAAAAGGCUGGAAAGUGGGAGACCUCUUUCAAGCUGUGCUGAAGUACUGUGACAUGAUGGAGAAGGUGGCUGCUGAUGGCGAGAGAAGCCUGGAAAGUAAGACUUUCUUGGGAUGGCUUCAGGAACACAUCUGAAUACCCAAAGAUGCACUGUUUCUUCACUUCAUGCUUCCUUUGGAAAGAUGGAAACGUGUAAAAUACACUUUAACUAGCAAAUAUAGCAUUGUUUGCAUUGUAAGAAACAUUGAGGUGAAAGUAAAUGUAGCUGUACUGUCAUGUGCUUUGUGCUGCUCGCUAUGCUUUUUAUCCAAUGCAUAUCUUCAUAAUGAUUAUCUCUAUUCAGUCUGGUCAAGUUCACUUGUACCUGUGCUGUGUUCAGCUUGUAGUGGUGGGGAGAACAAACUUGUCUUUUGUGUGUAGUAAUGAUAGUCUCAAGCCAAGCUAGGACAAAAGUUACACAAUCUUUCUUUCUCUUCCUAACGCUACACACACACACACACACCUUUUCUGCUUUCAGCAAUCUGUAAAAAGUGUUCAGUGAACACUGCCGAUUUGCCACUUCUGUUUUCCCUACAAUGGAGCAUAAGGCAUAGUUUGUUGUUUUUCUUGAGCUUCUAAGGAGCUUACAGGUGGCCUGGGUGUUGUUUUUUUUUGCAGACAAGGAGAGCUGCUCCCUUCCAAGUAUGGCCUAAAAUUGUUCAGAUCUGUCCGAGAAUUAAAACGUUUUCCUCACUGGAAAAACUUGUUGAAAGACCAGCCUCCUUUAUCAGUUAGAGGUGAGAACUUGAAUAACUAAUUCAAUAAAAAGAAAUAAUUAAAAUAAACUUGUAUGCUAGAUGUAUAUUCUACAGAGCUCCAAUAUAAUGAAAAUAUAUUUAUUUUGAUAUUCUUUGUGGUAUUCUAGCAAGAGCCUUGUUAUCAAAAGGCCCUUUUCUUGUUUGGAGAUAGAUGUGUUCCUCUGCAUUUACACAAAUGUGCAAAGAAAAAAAAUAAAACUGAGUUAUUUUUUAUUUAAAUGCCUUCUUUUGGCCAGUGGAACAAGAAUAAAUAGCCCAUUUUUGUGCUUUAUUAUUUUGUGUCAGGAAGCAUAUUUAAUUUGUUAAAGUAUUUUUUUAGGACCAAUGGUGAAACUUCUUUUUAUUAUUUGGGAACUUUUCUAUAAAAAGCAAAUUCCCUAAAGCAGCAUAUUAGUAUGGAACAUUAGUAUGGAACACAGCAUUGCAUAGGCAUUUUAAUAAACUCAUUCUAUAAUAAUAGAUUUUAAAAUAGGUUCCUGUGCAGUUCGAUUUGAGUCAACUCAAUCUAGUUACCAGCUGUGCACAGUAGAAAUAGUCAGAGUUCUUUGUACUUGGGCCUCAGCCAGUAUCAAUACUUAAUUCUUGGAGCAAUAGGGCAGCACUUAUUGCUGGCUACUCUUAUAAACAUGGAAACAACUUCUGUUAAUUUUCUCCCAACAGCGAGAAAAGUGCUAGUGGCUGCUGCUUCUCCUGUGACCCCAACUCAGUGUAGGUCACAUCUUUUCAAAUACAAAAUGCACUCUCAGUUUUUCAUGAGACAUCUUGAUUAUCAGUGUUUAGUUUGCAAGGUGUGUUUGUGACCGCUUAAUUCGCUUUAACUUUCAGCUGCCUUUGUACAUUCCUGUUAAAACUGGAGCCACAUUGUAGACAGUUAACUAAGUUUUAGUGUUUGGAUAUGACUCAAUGCCAGACUUAAUAAAUGAGCAGUUAGGAUAACAAACCACUACUUUUACGUUAAUUUGUUUGAGAAGGAGUUCCAGUAAAAUUUGACAUUUUGGAUUAAGAUACCAGCUAGCCAGUGUUAAAAUUAUUGGUGUACAUUUUUGCAUCUUGAAGCCUUAAUUUGACAUCCAGAACAAGGGUGUGUAGUCUCUUAACUGUCGGUCCCACUUGUGUCCCCAGUGGAUUUGUACUCUGGAGUUAGGUGCCUUCAUAGGAGGUGUGACAGCUAUAGGAAUGGUAAGGGGAUGCCCUUCUUAACUACACACUAUGAUGGUGGCCUCUGAAUUGGUGCUGAACCUUUUUCUCUGUGGCAGCAUUGCAGUCUGAGGUGAACUUGAUUGGUUUUGGCAUCUUCUAGGUAUGACAGAUACCUAUCUUAAGUGAAAAUUCACCAGAUACAGUAUUUCAAGGCAUAGACAUGUCAGGCUGGUAAGAUCUGUUGCUUCAGGUUCCACUGUUGAAUCUUGAUCUUCAGCAGAAAUUGAAGAAACAGAAGACCUGUGUAGAAAGAGGAGAUCGUGGGGAUACUUGAGAACAGCUGGGGAAGGCGUGAUGAACAGCCCUCGUGAUUAAAAUGCCUCCAUUGGCUCUGAAUCCUAAGGAAUCCAAACAUUUGCAUAUCAAGAGGAUGUGCAGAGAUUUUGGGAUAAGGAUUGAGGAGUCUAUGACAGGUAGCUUGGAUUAGGAUGUCCUUCCCUUUCUAGGUUUAUUAAAUUUGGUAUUUCUGAGAAAGGCUUCAUGCCUGCACCAUCUGCAAGCUCAAUUACUGAGGCUGGAGAGGAAGUUAGUCUUGAUUCUAUUCAUCUCUGAAUAGCAAAUUGAAAAAUAAAUGAUUUAAACUUUGCAGUUUCAGUGCACCUUGACUAACAUUGUUUGAUGGUUUUGUUAUGUCUUUCCUACAUGACUAAUGCAGAAUGUAGCAUUUAUAUACAUCUUCUGGGUCAUGUAGACACGUGUGAAUGGUGGCCAGAUACUUUAAACUACAGACAUACUGUAUUUAUGCUUCACUGUACACACAAGAGCCCCUUUUUAUUCCAGAAAUGCUAAUAUUGAAAAUCACCCUUGAAAUGACAGUUAUAAAGUUUAAAACAGUUUGAAUAACUGUAGUUCUUUCUAUCAGACUGCAGUAAAUGAAGGCAACAUGAAGCUAUGUGUAAUAUUGAUAUUUUGCUGUUUUUAGAAAUUUGGUGAAACAGUUAAGAAAUGUGAAUUUCAGGUUGCACUAAACUUGUCUUUGCUGUAGCACUAUAUUAAACUAAAUUGUAUAUAAACAAA